UAUUGUUUACAACAACAACAAUAGCAACAACUAUUUGUAUUUAAAAGUGGAAUUACCUUAAAAUCUUCUCUUUACUGCACUGUCGUCAUUUCACCUUCCAUAGCACUCGUGUCUAUCUCUUGCUCUCUUUUCGACACAUUCUGCUGAAAAUGUAUUUUUUUCAUCAUAUUAUUUUAACAAAAUUUUGAGCUUAAAACAACAACAACGACUUUAGGGUUUGUGUAACUCUAUAUAAAUUGAAAUUGCUUUAUUUAUAUUAUACAUAUUUAAUUUAAUAAACUUACGAAUGUUAAGUAAUCAAAAAUUGGUGAUAUGUGAAGCAACAAAUAAAACGUAAGUUACAGCCCCAAGAAAGAAAAACAGAACUCCCCCUCAAAAAAAAACCCACAAAUGUUUAAACAAAUUCGACUACACGCGAAAUCAAAAUUUUUAACUAAAGCCAGAGAAAGAAAAUUUUUACACACACAACCGCAGCAGUUAAAAUAAUAACAAAAUCAAAUCAAAUAAAAGUCAAUAUAUUUUGCAUAGCAAAAAUAAAACUUUAUUACUUGUAUAAGCAAACGUAAACUAUAAAUCCACAAACUUGGCUUUAAACUUUUGAUGUUUUUUAUAUGAAAAAAAUAUUUAGUUUUAAAAAUAAAAAAAAUAAUUGUAGAGUUUAUUUUUUAUGGAAAAGAAAUAAUACAACUUUAUAAAAUAACCUACAAAUUUAGGGGAAAUCAAAACGCUUCUUUUUAGGAUUAAAUAAAAACAAAAAAAACAUUUAGUCUUCAAGAAAAACCAAAAGACGGACAAAAAACAAAAUUUAGCAAUAAGUAACAAAAUAUUAUGGAUAAUAAAUCUCCACCAAAAAUAACUGCAAAUAAAAGUAAAAAUUUGGAAACAGCAACAACAACAAUAAACUCCUUAGAAAAACCUAAAGUACAUAAUAAACCUAAACGUUAUAAAUUACAAAGAUCUACGGAAAAUUUCGAUGAUCACGUUGAGGUUAUAUUAACUACUACUACUAAAUCCCAAGUUUUACAGGACGUAAUGGGUGGAGGUUUUGCUACACCACCGCCCACUUACUGUAAACAAUUUAUGCAAAAACGCUGUGACAAGCAGCGCCGCAUUAUUAACGAAUUUGAGCAACGAAAAAACCAAGACCAAUAGCAAUUGCAAUAAUACAACCCAAAUUAAACAUAUACAAUCUGCCAUAGAUUUACCAAUGCACGAGAAAUUGUUGGAAAAUGAUGGGUGUGAAAAGAGCACCACGAACCCCAAAGAUAAGACUGAGAAACUGAAAACUAAAACGCAUAAAGAAUCGAAAUUUGCCGAGAAAUUAAGGCGCAGCUUUAGAAGAGCUGAGCACAAGUCUUUGGAAAUAAAGAGACAAGAUAAAAAAGAGACGGGAGACUUAACGGCGGCCCAGGAGAGAAGUAGCAGUUUAAGGCCUUUACAGCAGCAGAUGCAUAACUCAGCCUCGAUAUUCUCUUUAACUAAUCUGCCUGGUUUGGGAGGUCAUAUCAAUCCGGCUUUACUGCUGGACAGUCCAGACGAAAGUACACCACCCGAAUUUGCCUAUCGACAUUUGAGUAGUGUAGCCACCACCAAUUCGAGCACUUCUUUGGAGAGUAACUUUUGUGAGAGUCCUACUACCAGCAUCAGUUACUGGGCGUGGCAUAUGAAUAAUAACAAUAUGGGCGGAGAGUUGAGUACCAAUACUAAUGCCUCAAAUAAUGCUCUCACCAAGCCUGCGAAUACGGCGGCCAACACUGACAAUCGUAAAUGUUUGCAGCAACAGAGCAGCAGUAAAAGUGAAUAUGAACACCCGCCAGUAACCACAGCCAGUCGCAGCUGCAGCACCGCUAGUGAAAGCAGUACGGCGGCUAAACUGACAAGGCUGCAAAAUUUUCUCUUCAAAUCCAGCAAUGAGAGUUCUCGCAGUAUUCAGGGUCAUUCCAAUGAAGGUUUUACUGCCUCCUCUUUCAAUUCUUCCUCGGGGGAAUGGGAAAAUCUUUGUAAUUUUCCCUCCACUUCCAAUAAUCCCCCGGGCAAUGCGGAUCUCUCGCAGUUAAGUCAAGAUCAUGAAACUAACGCUGCAGAAAUGGAAAAUAAUGGUUCUAUGAAGAACUACUAUCAAUACACCUUAGCUUCGCCGAAUAAUCCCUUUUUGCCCGAGAUAACAGCACGAACAUAUCAUAGCACCUAUGAAGAGGAGGAUGAAGAUCGUGAGCUAGAAGAUGAGCUGGAUUCGAAUGUUACUUCGGUCAAGUAUAGGAUAGGCACACAUUCAGCUCAACUACCCACCCCUAAUUAUAGUCGUACUGGUUCCCAGGAGUCCACCCAUAGUGAAUAUGCUGGUCAUAAUAUGGAUAUGCAAAAUCAAUCAUUAAGCUCUUCAACCUUUGUCACCACUCCUGGGAAACAUAAAAGAAAACUCUUUUCACUCAGCACACCCACCAAAUUAAAUUUUCCCCAAGCUCCACAACAACAUCAACCGCCCCAUCCUUCACACCAGCUAUAUCAACAACCUAUGCAAACUCCCAAAUCAUUGGGCAGUGAUACAGCCAACAGUUCAUCAUCAGCUUCCUUUGCUUUGACGACGCAACAUAAAAAUGUCACUAAAACUUCCUCUUGUAAUUUAGUACGUAGUCUUAAUCCUUUUCUACCCUCCACCACUGUGACGUCUUCUUCCCCGCCUCAGCGUACCUCUUCUUCGAGUAGUCUUAAUAAACGUACGGGACCAUUUAAACAACAGGCUGUUACCUCACCCAUAGCGGUGCCCACAACGAAUACUUUAAAGGAUUUAAAUGCUAGAAGGGAGGAGUUUUUAAGGGCCACCAUGCAAAUAUGUUUGGUAGUGUCGCCACCCUCCUCGAGAUUACAGUUAAAAUCCAAAAGUCUUACCCAUUUAGAUGGCCUUGAAUCGGAAAUGGUUUGCAAUCCUGCUAAAAACUCAAAUAAU